AUGCUGCAAAAAGAGGAUCGAGUGGAUGUGUUUGACAACGAUUUGCUGAAUUCGUCAUUCAAUCGUCAAGUGUUCUCUUUGAAUUCAACUCCACCACAAAAGUUUCGUGGCCACGAGGCGAGGUUAUUCCAGGGGAAAUUGUGCUUCAAUCGAGAAUUCGGAAUCCCCUUAUCGGUGCCCGCUUGGAAAACCAUUAAUUUGUAUGAAGCGGACACGUAUGGCCCGACUGAUCUGCUUCAACAUGAAGAAACAAUACCCCCAAAAUUGCUCCAUUUCGCAAAUAAACGCUGGUUGAUGAUGAUCAAAGAGCAUGGGAUAAGGGGCGAGACAUAUUGGUUGAUGUUUCCCUGCACUGAAGAAUGGGUGACAUGUAUUAGAAAUGCGAGCAUUUAUCGUGGCGGCACUUCACCACAAAUUGGAUAUUCUCCGAGUCAAGCCUCAAGAGUUUUACCAUCAGCCCCUCAACUGCCACCACAGCCACCACAGCCACCACCAAGACCGACUGGUCUUAUUGAUGCAAAUAGUGAUCGAAAUGAGCAAAAUUCAUACUUUACUUCUCCUUCAAUACCAAUGCCAGAACCACAAAGGCCUCAAGAUUUUCGUCCACCAAACACAGAUGUUGCUCAAAAUAGAGAGAAUAAUGUAUUUCUCCGUCUUCCUCCACCACCACUGCCUUCACAGCGCUCGCCGCGAUCUCAAAGCUCUCAAAAUAACUCCAACCAGGGAAACAGGCUAGGACCGAUCGCAGUUGGGCUUGGUACGGCAGUUGUUGGUAGAGUGAUUGGUGGGAUGCUCGAGAGUGCUCUUGAAAGUGCUCUCGGUGAUGGUGUUGUUAAC